CACAUUAUUAUCAGCUAGCUGUAGCACUUCAAUAUCUGGCAUAUCAAAGGUUCACUUCUUCUGCUCAAAAAUAGACAUGGAAUCUGAGAGGCCUAACACUACUAUUGAGACCUACGAACACCAACACCAACUACAACAGCAAGAUGAUGACGAGGAAGAAGAAGAAGAAGAAAAGAACAAUGAGAUCCUCAAGAGAAGAAUCUCCAGCCACCCUCUCUAUGGACUGCUGGUUGAAGCUCACCUCGACUGUUUGAAGGUCGGUGACAUUUCCAACCUGGAGAGAGAGCUGAAGAUAGAUCAGAUGCAAGCAACAGAGAAGAAAAACUUGGGCAUGUUCAGCCAAUCUGAGCUCGAUCUCUUCAUGGAAGCAUAUUGCUUGGCACUUGGGAAGCUUAAAGAAGCAAUGGUGGAACCACAACAGAAGUCCAUGGCUUUCAUAAACAACAUGCAUUCUCAACUUAGAGAGAUCACUAACCCAACUUUGCCUGCACCUUCUUCUGAACCUUCACCACCUUCUGCUUCUUCUAGUCACUCCAAAUUCUCAAUAAAUUAGCAACAAUUUACUUUUUCAUGCAUGCAUCAUACUUUAAAAUUAUUAUAUAUUAUAACUAGGUUAUUAAGUAAGCCUUUCAAUUAUCAUCAUAUCCCUGAUUAAUUAAACUCUACCUCAUAUAAAUAUAUAAACUAACUGUCAUUA